AUGCGAGAUAUAAACCUCUCCCGCAAUAGAGAUGCGGCAGCAGAUGUUGAGCUCGAUCCGCUCAACGCCGAUGGAGCUGAAAGCGUGGACUUGAGCCUGGACGAAGACGAGUAUGCUGGAGCCUCGAGCCGGCUCGUCAACGACAAGUCCCGAUAUGACAAGCUCGACGAUGAUUAUGGCGGAGCCGCCAUGAUGGAAGGCGUGGUCGCUGUGUGGCGCAAAUGGGACAAGUAUUUUGAGUUCGACAUGUCCAUAACUUCUUCUUACGAGACCUAUGCGCUCUCUGACUUCAUGGAUCUGUCCAUGCAGGGCACACUGGAUGUGAUCGGAGCCAUAAUCUCAGCAGGCGUCAAGAUCCCGAUCGCAAAGAUUUCUGACGUGAUUGGAAGAAGUGAAACCUAUAUGCUAAUGCUGCUCUUCCUAGUGGCAUCAUAUGUCCUACACGCCUCCGCUCCAGGAUUCAACACAUAUCUGAUCGGGUCCAUUUUCUUCACAGUUGGCCAGGCCGGAAUUGCGUUGACGAACAUGAUCGUUGUCUCGGAUGUCACAUCGAUGCGAAGCAGGACUCUCGCGAUAAAUUUGCUUUACAGCCCUUUUGUGGUCGUCACCUGGGCAUCCGGAAUCAUCGUCGAUCAAGUCAAAAAUGGAAUUGGUUGGCGCUGGGGCUACGGCAUGUUUGUCUUCAUCACCCCCAUCGGCGGAAGCUUGCUUGUAGCGAUUUUGCUAUCUUUGCAGCGUAAGGCCAGACGAGCUGGAUAUGCAACUUCAAGGAAAAUGUCCUUCUCAGAAUUCUGCUCUCGAAUCGACGUCGGAGGCUCAUUGCUAAUAUCGACUGGAGCCGCUCUUGUUCUGCUUCCUGUCACUCUGGCCGCGCAAAGCGCUGAUCACUGGAACUCAGCUUGGGUCAAGAUUCUGAUCAUUACUGGCAUCGUACUCCUGGUGCUGGUUGUGCCAUACGAAGCGCUGGUAGCACGACAUCCUGUCUUGCCACUGAGAUACUUGCGAAUCAGCCCAAUCACCAUUGCAUUUGUCGGCUAUGCCAUCGACGGUUGCGGCUACAAAAUUACGCACACGUAUCUGGUUCCAUGGUCCAUCGCAGCCCACAACUUCUCAGCUCGCAACGCGAUGUAUCUUUCUUCUAUUCACAGCGUGACCACGCUUCUCACAGGCAUCUGCGUCGGGUGGCUUGUCUACCGCACGAGAUCAUACAAGUGGGUAUGUGUGAUUGGCUCAGUAAUCCGACUUGUUGGCUACGGCUUGAUGGUCCGGAUCCGCACGAACGACAGCACGACGCUCGAGCUUUUCGCAGUGCAGAUGCUUCAAGGCCUCGGAAGCGGCUGCCUCGAGACCACAAUGUUUGUAGCCGCUCAAAUCCCCGUCUCCCACGGAGAGCUUGCUGGAGUGACGGCUCUCAUCGCUAUGUCGGGACAUAUGGGCAGCGGAAUCGGUUCUGCAACCGCAGGUGGUAUCUAUACGACGUCCAUGAAAGAACGAUUGAGCUCUCGUCUGGGUGCAAAUGCCAAACCAGGAGAAAUUGACAGCCUUUACGAUUCGAUCACGGGGACUUUGCCGGCAUGGGGAUCUCAAGACCGGCAGGCUGUUGCAGCUGCGUAUUCGGAUGUCAUGGGAUAUAUGACAGUCGUUGCCCUAUGGGUAGCAGCUCCUGUCGUGAUUCUUGCGCUGCUGAUGCCGAACAACAAGUUGGGUGAUGGCAACAAUCUCCAAGAAGCCGAAGGCGAGAAGGUGGAAAGCGACAAAGAACCUCUCGCUCCUGAUGCGAUGAGAUUCGACUGAGACAGCAACCCUUUCAGCAACAAGCUGAUGAUGUCCAAACAAGCC